AUUACAUUACUGGAUUUUACAUUUUUUGACAAUUGCUGUUGUGUAGGAUUGUGAUCCAAAUACUGAUUUAUUUCAUAUGGACCUCAUACGCAACAUCUAUUCAUGAAAUUAAUUAAAGAAAAAAAAACAUUUAAAAUUCGAUUAAAAUGUUGUUUUGACUUCCCCACCACACAUUUAUCUUUCUUGGCAUGUGGGGCACAUACACCAAACACCGUUAGCCAAUGGCAGGACAGUACUCAGUAAUGAUCCACGCGUGGUGCUGUGGAGAACAUCACCAUCAUCCACUGAAUACCAACUAGAACAUCAGGCGGACGUGUCCUACUGACAACAAACACAAAUACAGGGGUGCGAGAGCUGGGAUAGAGAACAAAACACUGACAUUUCCGCAGCCAAACUACUCCUUGCGUCGUCGGGCGAAUUGCACACAGGACAUUGACUGUAAGCAGAACGAGUACGUGCUACCCAAGUUCGGACCGAUGUGGAAACCUCUGGGCGUUAUCGUCCAGGCUGCCAUGGUUACGCCGUAAAAGGGUAGUAUUCAUUGUAACAUUUGUGAUUUCAACGCAUUUGAGAUCAUGGGCUCCAGGCUCAGCCGCCAAAACAGUCUCGACAACGAGAAUUUUUCAAGGAGGCGACGAAAACAUCUAGACAGUACGGGAGAGAGCGAUCGGAGCGGAGACUUCUUGUUUACAUCCCUGAUGCUCAGGUCGGAUAAGCUGCCGGGGAUGCUGAGGAGAGCCAACCACAGCCCGUAUGUCAGACGAGUCGCCUGGAUCCGAGAGAUUCAGAAGCUCCUUCGGGAGAGGAAGAGAGAAGAAGCGACGGACGUGCUCAAACUGUUGAGGAAGGACUUGGGAUUAGAGGGUACGUCACUCAAUGAUAUCCUCUAUAAGAACGCAGCCUUUCUAAACCUGGUGGACCCCAUAUCUCAUGAGCUCCUGCUGAACCUGGCUAGAGACAUGCAGUGCCCAAAAAAGGACUCAGACACGCUGAAGUCGUCUGAUAAAAUCUGCAGACAGCUCAUCUACCACCUGACCCCUCAUUCUAAAUGGCUCAGAAAAAGUAUGACCCGGAGAAAGGCCCAGGCCUGUCUCAAAACAACACUUCAGAAGAAGCUCUGCAGUGACUCUGUGGACCUCUCUGGCAUCCCUUUAUCAACCCGCGACAUACGGCAUGUGGCGUAUUACCUCCAGACCAGCGGGGGUGCUGUGAUAUCCGUAGAUCUUAGUUUCACUGAGCUCCGGGAUGAGGGCCUACGUCUACUUCUGCCCUUCCUGGGUUUAUUGCCCAAACUCACAACACUGGCUCUCAAUGGGAACCGUCUGACUCUUGGCAUCCUUAAAGAUUUGACCGAAGCCUUCAAAGAUCCCAAGAGGUUCACUUGUCUUGCCUGGAUUGACCUGGGCAACAACGUGGACAUAUUUACCAUGCCACAGCCUCUUCUGGUGGCCCUACGGCGGCGCUGUAGUCUAAAGAGCAGUCUGCCCACCAUCUAUGAGUACACAGAAGGUCAACCCUAUUGCUACCGCAUGGAGAGCUCCAUUGAAGAACCUAGCCACUAUGAAGAAGAAGAGGACGAAGACGAGGAGGAAGAAGAGGACCUGGAGCCAUGGAGCAUUGGAGAACAGAAAAGUUCAGGUAGUUUUACCCUGCACCAUUGCCAGAGGUGAACCAAUGACGCUCAAGUCACCUGACGACGGAAUAAAGAAAGAACGGGAGAACGCAGCCAAGAGAUCUCUCUUCUCUCAGUACCAUUUCUCCCAAUCAACACCUUUUACCAUCUCCCUCCUCCACUGCAGCUCCAUGACCUUAUGUGUGAACCAACAGCAUCGCAUUUAAAGAGCCAACUAACCACUCAAACACAGCAAACGGUGAAACACGCUGGUUUGAAAUGCUCUCAAAGCUUCACCACUGACUUACUGUGUUGGCAGAUGACGCUCCUUGACUUGAGGUGGGGGUUCAUUGGAGGGGGCCACAGAGAGUUGCGUAAAAGAUGCUUUCUUACGCCCCUCUUCGGUCACGAAGAACCAGUGAGGGACAGGAAAAAUGCCAAUAAAAAAUCCCAAAGUCAGUCGACUGGCUCAUGCAUACCAACGGUGAAUUUGAAGCUCUACGGACCCCGCUUUUAACUAAGGUAUGGUAAGGAAUUUUGUGGGGUCUGGUCAGGUUUGGUUGAAUUUGUCAGUGUUGCAUUGCCGAGGCCGUCUCUGCCGCAGCAGACCGGACCUAUCACCACUCUGUGUGUGCUCUACUAAUCUCCCAACAAAAGCCAUGAAACCAGCUCAACAGACUAUACAGCCGACCCACGUCACGUGACGCAAGCAAAACUGCUAUGUCAAGACUUUUGCAUUUUCCCCCCCUUUCCAAAAUGUUCACUUGUGAAUACCCACGCACCACUUGUCGUGUAGUUGUGAAUGAUGAUACAAAAAGGUAAUGCUGUCGAACUGCCAGCGUCUGGUUUUUGUUGUCUGCUAAUAAUGAACGAAGCUAUCUUAGAAGACAACAGGUAUAUGUAUUUCAGCAAAGAAACAUUUUUGUUGUAUAUGAGAGGACUGUUCACCUUUUUAUGUUCAGGUCAUUUUAAAUAUACCUCUUAAAUAUGUCUUGCUGUGUCAUUGCACUGCUGCUCCCUUUGGAAUCGUCCAGUGAAAUAUGGCGGUUCAUUAUGCUACAUUUCUGUAUGGUGUAUUUUAGUAUCUCAAGCACAUUGAUUAAUCAUGUCUGAUCAAGUUUACUAAAACUUUCUUAACAUCAUGCUCAAAACAACACUGAGUUGCAGCAACAGCCCAUCUAUUUCAAAUCUAAUUUUUGGAAGACAGGUCAUUAAUGAUGAAAUAAAUUGACCUAGAACUAAAGAGCUAAUUAUUGUUUCUUGGCCUUCGAUUACCUGAGCACUUUAGUCUGUGUUUUCAUCAGGUUUGUGACUGAUAAACUUGUUGUAGCAUUGUCGUCUUGUAACACGAACAUCUUUAUGUCAUUCUGAAACAAAAAUGAGCCAAACAAAUAGUUACUGUACUAACCAGCACUUAGUUGUUUGGGGGUAAAGCUCAGAUGAUCAAAUAGUUAAAUGUCAGUGUUAUUUAUGAUAUAUGUAUUCUUUUAAACGUGUCAAAUGUGUGUGUUUGUUUAAUAAUGCUAUCUUAAUGUUUUCUCAGUGUUGUUGUUGACUUCAGACUAUUAUAUGUAAUAUCCCACAACAUGUGCUAAUAAAUGUCCAUUUUCACAAGGCCUUUCACAAUUAAAGUGGCAAAACGUUCUCUUUUAUAACCAAACCUGAAUAUUAAAUAAUUUGGCUAUUUAGUAGCAGUGAAAAAUCUUUGCAUUUGUUGUUCGGCCCUGUGUCUAGUUCAUAACAAUUACCUGGCUUGUGAUCUGCUUAUCUGGGAUGUUUAACCUAUAAUCUGCAUAAAUUUGUUACUCAUAAACACCAUUAUGGUGUCAAUACCCACAAUGCUAAGCAAGCUAAUACACUUUUUAUUGAUAGAGGGCAGCUUAUUUGUCAAGUUGUUUAUGUGUCAGUCUGAAUGAGCUUUCUCUGUCUGUGUCAUAUACUGUGUCCUCUAAAUCUGUGCUUCAAACAGUUUAUAAGACUGACUGUUCAACGCUUCUGUAAUAAACU